AUGCUUCUCUUGUCAAUUAUUAUAGUUGUGUGUUAUUCUUUGAGUUGUUCGACUUCAUUAUCGAUACAGCCUAAAGCAGACUCGUGUAAUACUUACAAUCAUCCACAAUACGGUAUUGGUCAAUGUAUUGAAACCAGUAAAUGUCCGAAUGCAUUGUAUAUAUCCGGUUAUUGUGAAUCCCAACCGGCCAAUAUCAAAUGUUGUUUUUCGUUAAAUCCAGUAGAAAGACAAGAAUUUCGAGCUAUUUGGAUUGCUACUGCAACCAACAUCGAUUGGCCGUCGUCAAAAACAGCCACAGCAGCUACACAACAAAAUGAACUUGUCAAUAUUUUAAAUAUGGUCCAACGACUCAAUAUGAAUGCUGUCAUUUUUCAGGUUCGACCUGCAGGCGACGCUCUCUAUUCUUCGACACUCGAACCAUGGAGUCUCUAUUUAACUGGCACACAUGGUGUUGCACCAUCACCCAUAUGGGAUCCUCUCCAAUUCAUUCUGACCGAAGCACUUAAACGCAACAUUGAAGUACACGCUUGGAUCAAUCCAUAUCGUGCUCGAAUGAAAGGUGCAACAUAUACGCCGGCAGCGACAAACAUGGCUAAAAGAUUUCCAAAGUAUGCCUAUACGUAUGACAGCCAACUCUGGAUGGAUCCAGGAUCAAAAGAAGUUCAAGAAUUUGUUCUCAAUGUUGCUGAAGAUAUCGUUCGUCGAUAUGCUGUCGAUGGUCUACAUAUCGAUGAUUAUUUCUAUCCGUAUGGUGAUGGUACUGAGUUCCCUGAUUCAGCUACGUUCAGUGAUUAUCAACAACAAGGUGGAACAAUGAAUAAGGCCGAUUGGCGUCGAUCAAAUGUCAAUUAUUUAAUCGAAUCAUUGUACAAUCGUGCACAUGCUAUUCGACCUAAAAUCAAAUUUGGUGUGUCCCCCUUUGGCAUUUGGAAAAGUGGUACACCAGCAGGCAUUACUGGACUUUCAUCGUACGAUAGUCUGUACUGUGAUAGUCGUUUGUGGUUACAACAAGGUACUGUUGAUUAUUUAACACCGCAACUCUAUUGGGCAAUUGAUCCACCUGCUCAAUCCUACAAUGCUUUACUGAACUGGUGGAUAGGACAAUCGACCAAAGGUCGUCAUGUCUAUCCUGGUAAUGCAGCCUACAGAAUGAGUCAGGCUACCAGUCCAUGGGCAGUAACUGAACUCGUUCGACAAGUCAACCUAACUCGAACGAUGAGUAAUCGUCUUGCACUUGGUAAUGUCUUCUUUUCGACGAAACAACUUAUGCAAAAUGUCAAAGGUAUUCAAAAUGAGCUUGCAAAACUCUACACAGACAAGGCUAUUGUACCAAAGAUGAAUUGGCUGUAA